AUGACAGACUCAUCAAGGACGCCAGGUCCCACGGCGCCUACAACUUUGACCGGCAUAUCGCAUACAUCGGGUCCUUCGUCGCUGUCGGCCUCGACAGCCACACCUUCGACAAGCACGACUCGACCAAGGAACGCUCGGGUACCUGUACCUGUACCUGUGUACACCGAAACACCACGCAGUGGACUACGAAAGCUCAAUCUACCGACGGUAGGUGCGACUCAGGCUGCUGCUGAUGCCGCUGCUGCUGCGAUGAACUCGCCACCAUCUUUCUCGCGUGGUGAUCGGAGUGUAUCAUCGCUCACAGAGCCUGAGCCUGUGGAUACAGAGCGCACACGGUACUUCCGUCGUUUAUCAGCGCUGCCGCCCGCACUUCCGCAUGUACCUACCAUGCCCAAACCUGUGCUCAAGUUCGUUGAUGCCACCAGGGGUGUUCUGUUUUCCCUUUCGCAAAUCUACGCGGCCAUCGCGCAAUACACCGCGGUGUGUACGGACGAACGUCUCGUUGCACAUUUCCAGCGUGUCUUGGGCAUCGCGAACAAGGCUAUGAGUGUGCUUAUCGGAGCGCUGGACCGUCUAGAUGCAUCGUCGCGCACAGCAGUGCCGGAGUCAUCCAUGGUCCGGCAUGUUCUGGAAGCCUGCGACGAGGCUUUGCGCGCGUUUCGUCGCGCUGCCACGAUGUUGCACAUGCAGCUGCCACAGCUACGCCAAAGUGUGGAUCCGCGCUUCUCCCGCACGCUGGAACUGCUGCUGGUACGGAAGUGUUGCUUGAAGCUGCGGAACAGUGCGCAACUUCAUGGCCGCCCGCAGGUGGCUGAGGUAGUGCCAUUCCUAAUGCAAGACUCAUCCACUCAGACAUCGGCAGCAGAUACCAGCAUUCCUGCGUUGUCGUCUUCGCGCUAUGCAAAUCGACCAAGUCUUACAGAGUCGUCGUUCGCAACUGACGCGCACGACUUGCUGGCGUCCGACACGUCACAUCCGGCGACGAGCACGCCGCUAAAAAAACGCACCGCACGCAUGUGGACCACGCAAUCCAUGCGCUCGCCAAGGCUAUCACCACGUCAGUCACGUCGCUCAGACGCAUCACCACAUGUACCCCUGUCGCCCUCGAGCACGUCAACGCCUUCUCGCAUGCGGGCGUUGACGACGCGGCGUGAUAGCAUGGACGACGCGCUGCUGACCCUCUUGUCGCAGGUGACUGAUAGCGCAAUGCACAUAUGGACAGACUUGCGCGACUAUGUACAAGCGGGUCUAAGGCGCGACCAGGAAGCCGACUCUGACCACGAUACAAGAACACGCCGCCUUCGCGAUGUGGACGAAUCCUGUGUGAGCAUACUGGACCUGACAAAACGUCUGCAAAUGAUGCGUGAGCGCGUCUCUGAUACAAGUGCACGAUCGCACGCGUCCGAUGUGCAAGAGCUACGGGACCAAAGCAACCAGUUUGUGCGCGUACGUAUGAAUCGGUGGUGUAGGAGCCUUGUCUCCCUUAGCGACACGCCUGGACUUACACGCAGGCCAUCAUCCAUAUAUCCACGCUCGUUCGUGCUGUCGCUGUGGCCUACCCAUUUCCACGCGAUCUCAUGCGCGGCGUAG